AACAAAAUAGUGAUGAUUAGCCUGCGACUAGUGACGUUGGUGCUGAGCCGGUCUGGCAUUCCGGCCUGCGAGACGGCCCACUGCAUCCAAGCAACGUUGAAACAACCCAGAUAUCGCAGCCCACUGUCCACAGCAUGCGGGCCGGUGGAUCGCUAGCGUAAAGUGUCUUUCGGUUCGUUCGUGUCCGGUUCUUCUCCAGUUCCAGUUCUGUCUGGCUGGCCGUACCGUACGUACGCUGUAUGUUGUCUGUCUCUUCUCUCUCACUUUCUUUUCUGGGUUUGUAGCGCCGAUGAGUCGUUUUGUCUUCGGGAGGCAGCGAUUGUUGUUGUAGUCUGCCACUCUUUUAUGGUUAUUAUUUUGCCUAUGUCGUCCAUUCCUUUUUAUAAAUCCAUUCAUUUGAACUUACAACAAUCGUGCUCCUCGAGGAAACCAUCUCUGCAAGCUAUCGAUCACUGUGUAGUAUUUUGUGCCCCGUGAGACCCCUUAUCGCUUAUUCCAGCAUCAACCACGCCUCAACUGUGUGUGUGUGUGUCUCUCAUUCCAUUUCCCCUCCAAACAGUGUCCAUAUAUUCGUUACAAUCGUUGAUCCAUUCCCGUCCAUUUCAUCAAUUGAGGUCGCGCCUUUUGUCCUUCGAUUCUCCGCUUGAUCAAUCAUAUCUUGAUUUAUUGUCUUGUAUUUCUGGGAUUGGGAAAACUUUCUGACGCGCGGAAAAACAACUGAGAGUAACACGACAAAGUUCUUAGCUCCCGCCAGAAAAAGUUCGAGGCCUCAAGAUAUAUAUAUCUAUCUAUCUUGGACAUUCGACUCGACUCGACACACGAUUCCUACCCGACUCAUUGCACAAUCUGAUCACUUCCAUACAUUGUCCGCUGACAUCUCAUCAGCAAUUGGUCUCUCCUUUGCCACAUAGCAGCCUGAACAUUCGAUCACCAAAGAGUAAAGGAAUUGCAAAAUAACAAAAGGAGCUAUUAAACUCGCCUGGUUGAACCCUCACAGCAGGGCUGUCGGUCGACAGUUAAGCGGCUUGUAAGCGUUUUUGAGACGAUCUCUAUUUGAUGAGAAACGCAAGUCAAGGUCUGAGUGAAAGAACUUGCACAUACUUCACUGAAAAUGGGUCUUUUUGAGAAAUUACAUGCAAAACUGGAGCUUUAUCGGCUCGAACAGAGAUACGCCAGACGCAAGCACCGCAGCACGCUCACCGUGGGCGCCCAAUACGUCGACGGCGAAUAUGUCUACGCAAACAAUACCGGAAGUGGCUAUUCAUCAGCCGCAACCUCCAGCUCAACAGUAGCAAAACACUCAACGGGGACGUCGUGGAGGCCGUCGGGAACCUGGGGUGGGUUCGGCUCACAGGACCGUCGGAUUAGAUGAUGCAACUAUUUCCCUUUCCCCCAAUCCGGAAUGUGUGGGUUGGAGCUAGUUCUUAUAGGCUCUAUCUUUAUGUCUAAAUUUGAAAGACGGCUUCAUCACUCGACGAACGAUGUAUACGGACUCCCACCUCGAAUUCUGCCCCGAGUACUUUUGUUGCUUUUCACACCCUCCGCUCGUGCCAACGGCAAAAAGGGGAAAACGACAUAAAAUGGCUUGAUAGUUUUCUAUUGAAAACAUAGGUAAAGAAAGGCUAGAAGCGUGCAAUUCUCGCAUCUCCUCCAGGACAAGGCAGUUUUCACGAUCCUCCUUGCUUCUCCUUUUUCACUUGGGCUUUUCAGUUUUGAUCAGAUAUCGAACAUGAGAAGUGUUCCGCGGGCAUUCUUCCCCCAUUUCUCGACCUAAUGCAUCUCGCAUUGCAGUGAACCUCUUCGUUGUGAUGUCGUAAUGCUUUCAAAUGAGCAAUGCCAUCCAAGGUCAAUCUCGAACCCCGAAUCUCAGUUUACUUCUUUUUCCCCUAUCUUUUCUCAGCAUUUGACUCAGUUCAAGAUUCUGGCCUCGUUUACUUUUAUAUUUUCUUUUGGUUCUUUUUCCAUUUUUGAUAAAGCUAUACGAUUUGUAACUGAACCUUUCUGCUGUAAAUAUUUAGGCAUUCUGUCCCACUAACUAACGUAAUGUACAUGUAUAUAAGCACCUGUUACUUUUAACUAUCUAUUCACUUUCUCUUCCAUUUUAGAUACUUAGUACACCAAUGUCUCUCCGUGUGUGUGAUUGCAUUCUUACCCUUUGAUAUGCCCCUUUGGGGCUUGCGGGACUUUUACAUAAAAAGAGCAACAGCUGAGGCACUCUCAAAUCGGUCGAAGUAUACUUUGUGUGAACGCAUACUCGCCACAUAUCUCCCCCCCUUCGCACUCUAUGGAAUCCUUAUCACUCUCCUCUAGCUGAGCUCGUUAUGGGGACAUAGCCCAUCAGAGAGACCUUUUUUACGCCUUAUCUUAGUGAUAUCGCUUGAAUUUUUUCUAGAACCUCGUCCAAUGACUGAUACCAACAAGUCCGCAGCGCCGUAUAUCUGAUCGUCU